AGCACUUUCACUCGAGCUGCUGCCCGAGUUAAGCUGGGUGAGGAAUUAUUCCUGAUGUGUUUUCCAGCACUGAGGUUGGGGCAGAGGGAGAGAAGAUAUUUGUUUGCUUGAUUCCACAUGACAACUCCAGGGUAACUGAAUCGCCUGUACGGUCGGGUUGACAGGGCUGAGCAGCCUCGCUCACAUACCAGAGCCAGGGGGAUGGAAGGGGCACUGGCAGCUGGGAUGGAGCCCAUCCCAAUUUCUCUAAAGAGCCUCAAUUUGCCAUCAAUUAUUCAUGUUUCUUCCGAGGUCUCGCUUCUGAGAGGCAUCCAAAGCACUCUGUGUGAUCCAUGAGCUGAGCAUGGCAACACGGCUGCAAGGUCGCUUUAUUCUGCAUUCCUGGGAUGCCUUCCCCGUGGUACCACAAUUUCCAGCUGCGGGAUCCCUGCCUGUUCUGCUGGCCCUGGAUGCUGCCUGGGGGAAGAGGAGGAAAAAAGGGGCAGCUUUGUCCCCAGAGCACCUGGCCCCAUCCCUAAGGAUGGCCUGGGGGGAUCCUGAGCAGGCUGGGGCCAAGGAAGCCUUGAAAUACAGCCCAGAUUUAUCCUCCAUAUUAAACUGAUCUGUCCUGGGCAGGAUUGUUCCUGUUGUGUCCCCAGCUGAGCUCUGCAUGCCCGUGGUGCCUGCAGAGGUGGCUGAGCAGGGCCAUGCAUCAGCUCUUCGGGCUGGUUCUGGCACAGAAGGACCUGUCCCGAGCAGGGGAUCUCUUCUCCCUGGAGGAUGCUGAGAUUGAAGGAAGCCUCUCUGAAGCUCUUGAACAGAUCAGAAUCAUUAGUUCAGCUGCAGAUUACCAGAGCAAUGACAACGACCAGGCCGUGGUGGAGAUCUGCAUCACCCGCAUCACCACGGCCAUCAGGGAGACUGCAUCCAUUGAAAAGCACGGGAAAGCCCUGGUGGCUCUCUGGGAAUCGUGUCUGGAGCACAACCUGAAGCCCUCUGGAAAAGAUGAGGAUGCCCCACACGCCAAAAUUGCAUCUGACAUCAUGAGCUGUAUCCUGCAGAAUUACAACAGACCCCCAGUGAUGGCCUUGGCUGUGCCAGUGGCAGUGAAGUUCCUGCAGAGGGGGAAUAAGGAGCUGUGCAGGAACAUGUCCAGUUACCUGUCCUUGGCUGCCAUUGCUGAGGCAGAGCUGCUGGCUGAGCACACAGAAACCAUCCUCAGGAGUGUCCUUCAAGGGAACUCGAUGCUGCUGCGGGUGCUGCCCGCGCUCUACGAGAAGCGGCCGCAGCCGAUCCGCGCGCGCCUGCGGGAGCUGGUGGCACCCCUGGCCCAGCUGGACCCAUCCGAGCAGCUCCACCUCCUCAGGCUCCUGCACACCGUGGCCAGGAAGAGAGAACUGGGGGUGCUGAAAGAGUGUUUGCCAUUUUUAUUUGGACACCUGAGGGACCCCAACCACAGCGAGGUGAUUCUAAACAUCCUUCUGGAAAUAUCCAGCUAUGAACCUGCAGCCUUGGCCCCUUUCCUUCCCACACUGAGGGAAAUUGGUGAGAGUUUUCCCAGUUUGAUUGGGCAGACAGCAAAGAUCUUUGGAGCUGUUGGACAUCUCGAUGAGGAGCGAGCCAGAACAUCCCUGCUGUAUCUGGUGAACCAGCUGGCCAGCAUGGAGCACUCCUUUCACCACAUCCUGCUGCUGGAGAUCAAGAGCCUCACCGACACCUUCUCCAGCAUCCUGGGCUCCCAGAGCAGGGACAUUUAUCGCAUGAGCAACAGCUUCUCUGCCAUCGCCAGGCUGCUCCUGCGGCAGCUCCACACCGACAGCACGGCUGCAGACAGCAAACCAGGAGCACCUGAUCCACCCUUGAGGCACAGAGGUGAAGCCUGGCCACAAUCCAGGAUGGAAAAUGACCCUGAGGCAGAAUGUCCUGUCCCACUGGAUGAUUUAAAAUCUGUCGUGAAUGGCAACGAAGAAGAUGAAAAGCUGCAAGUUAAAAUCCAAGCUUUUGAAGAGAAAAUAAACGUGGAUAACAGCACCCCUGGCUCAGUGAGGAGAUACAGCCUGGGCCAGGUCUCUAAAGAAGAAAGGAAGGAUAUGAGGUUUAACAGGUCCAAGAGCCUGGCCCUGCACGCGCUCAGGAUGAAGGGGCUGAGCUCGGAGGGAGGGCCGGACGAGGAGAACGGGGACAUCCCUGCUGGCAUCUCCUUCUCCGAGAUCUACCUCAGCCAGGAGCACGAGCAAGUGCCUUUCGGGGUCCACCCCGAAGCAAUGCACGUGGGGAACCCCCUGGUUUCACACCAAAGUGCUGACUGCCCCCAGGCAGCCGAUCUGCCAGAGCUGACCCCGGAGAAGGCCCUGGAGGGAAGGGCAGGGACAGGCCCUGUGGAGUACCAGGACAAGCUGUACCUGCACCUGAAGGAAAACCUGGGCAAAGUAAAAGAAUAUGUGAUGGAGAUGGGGAGGAGGAUUCCCAUCCCUGAGCAGUGUGUGAUCGAAGACACUGGUGGGAGCUGUGUGGCAAAGCUGUUCUUCAGCUGUCCCCUGAAGGGCCACUACUGCCUGUACAGCAAAUGCAGCUUCACCCUGGUGAGCCAGCAGCCUCCACUCUGGAUCCACAUCAUGUUCCUGUUCCAGCAGAGCCUGUUUGCAGAACCUUUGUCCAUACAGAGCAGCUCUGUGCAAGUCCUGAAGGCCCUGUGGGAGAAGACACAGCUCAAGGGGAUGCACAGCUUUGAGACUGCCAUGAUCCACUCCACGUUCCCACACCAGAAGGACCUGGAGAACGUUCAGAUGCACCUGGAGGAAGUGAGGUUCUUUGAUUUAUUCGGCUACAGCGAGGAGGCAGGAGCCUGGCAGUGCUUCAUGUGCAACAACCCCGAGAAGGCAACAGGUGUGAACCAGGAUGGACAGCCCCUGAUGGAGGGCAAGCUGAAGGAGAAGCAGGUCCGCUGGAAGUUCAUCAAGAGGUGGAAAACGCGUUAUUUCACCCUGGCUGGUAACCAGCUGCUGUUCCGCAGGGGCAAAUCCAAGGACGACCCCGACGAGAGCCCCAUCGAGCUGAGCAAGGUGCAGAGCGUCAAAGUGGUGGCCAAGAAGCGGCGGGACCGGAGCCUGCCCCGGGCCUUCGAGAUCUUCACGGACAGCAGGACCUACGUGUUGAAGGCCAAGGACGAGAAGAACGCCGAGGAGUGGCUGCAGUGCCUCAACGUGGCCGUGGCGCAGGCCCGCGAGCGCCAGAGCCGCGAGGCCACCACCUACCUGUAGCCCUGGGGCCACCAAACUGUGCCAGUGUGGCACCAGGACACGGCCACGAGGCCACCCCAGAGCCCAGGGACAGCCCCAGGGAGAGCCAGAGGGACAGGGACACCUCCAGGGAUGGGAGCUCGGGGACACUGCCUGGCACAGGAGCAGCUGCCACAUUCCCUGGGCAAAUCCAGGGGUUUUUCCCGAUGUCCUUCAAGCAGGGAAUGUGCUUAGAGCCCCAACCCCUGGGUUACAAACCCAACCCCUUGACCUGAGCUGCACCAGGUCUCUGACACUGCCAGGAGAAUCCCAGGAAUGAGCACUUUUUGCUUUUCUUAAUCAAUUUGAUGUAAAAAGUUAUUUUUCUUUAUUUAAUCCCCGUGGACUUUAUCCUUUUAU